AUCAACUUCACUUCAAAUCAAACAUUUCUCAUUGUAUUUGUAAGAAUCCAUAGUAGCUACUCCAACUUAAAGUUAUCUACAUAAUUUCUUUGAUUUUCUCUUGUGAACGUUAAAUUUCAAAAUGAGUACCUUCAAUUCCUUUAACACACUUUUUCCCAUUAUAUCUCUCUUGCUCUUGCUGGCCAACGUACCAUGUGAAGCACAACUAUCCACCACAUUUUAUGAUCGUGCAUGUCCGAACGCAACUGCUAUAAUCCGCACAUCCAUCCAGCGAGCAGUAUCCCUUGAGCGUAGGAUGGCAGCCUCUCUCAUUCGCCUCCAUUUCCACGACUGCUUUGUUCAGGGUUGCGAUGCAUCAAUCUUACUAGACGAAACCUCCACUAUUCAGAGUGAGAAGACCGCAUUCCCAAAUGUCAAUUCAGUAAGAGGCUACCAAGUCAUAGAGGCUGCCAAGCGUGAGGUCGAGCGCGUAUGCCCCGGAGUCGUUUCUUGUGCCGAUAUACUCACCUUAGCUGCACUCGAUGCCUCAGUUGCUGUUGGUGGACCAUCAUGGAAUGUGAGGCUUGGAAGAAGGGACUCGACGACAGCCAGCCGUUCCCAAGCAAACACUGAUCUUCCAAGUCCUUUUGCCGGUCUCGACGCCCUCAUCUCCUCCUUUGCCAACAAGGGACUUAGUGCAAGAGACAUGGUCGCCCUUUCUGGAGCACAUACAAUAGGUCAAGCUCAAUGCUUCCUGUUCCGGAGCAGGAUAAACAGCAACGGCACUGAUAUUGAUGCCCGCUUCGCUAGCAUCCGAAGGCGCCAAUGCCCUCAAAGCGGCGGUGAUGCAAAUUUGGCACCACUUGAUUUAGUGACACCUAAUUCUUUUGACAAUAACUACUUCAAGAAUUUGAUGCAGAGAAGGGGCCUUCUCCAAUCGGACCAAAUCCUCUUUAGUGGAGGAUCGACAGACAGUAUUGUAUCUGAGUACAGCAGAAAUCCACGAGUUUUUGCAUCAGAUUUUGGAAAUGCAAUGAUCAAAAUGGGAGAGAUUCAACCCCUUGUUGGGCGAAAUGGGAUCAUAAGGAGGACUUGUAGCGCCGUCAACUAGCUUAAUUAUAUACGUGACUAGGAAACUUAAAAUUGUUGCAUUUAUUAACAAACCCGAGCUUUGAUCGUCGCAUAUUUUGGUCAUUUUGAUAAUUGUAUAUCCACUUAAAUUAGAUUAUUUUGGUUAAUCUUCCAUGUAAUUCUUCUAUACGUAUUAUGAAUAAAUCAACGUGUU